UAUAAGCGGCGCGCGUGCACCGCGGGCGACCACUCCGCAUCCACCAUGAAGGCCGUCAACGUGGUGGUGCUGGUCGUGGCCGCGGUGCUGGCGGUCGCCUCGGCCGAGGACAACCGCGACAAGCUCAUCCCGGAGUACAUGGCCGCCGCCAUGGACUGCGUCAAGGACUACGAGAUGGACUUCACCGUGUGCAAGGAGAUGAUGAAGGACGGCGUCAACCUGGCCGAGGAGAAGUUCACCCCGUGCAAGUGCGUGCCCGCGUGCGUGGCCAAGAAGCGCAAGCUCAUGUCCGAGGACGGCGAGUACGACGUGGACGCCUUCACCAAGGCCGUCAACGAGUUCGGCUACGAGCCGUGGUCCGAGGAGUACAAGAAGGUGUUCCCCAUCUGCAAGGACUCGUACAAGGGGAAGAAGAACUGCGAGGCGGCCGCCGCGCUCGCCGUGUGCGCGUGGAAGAACUCCAAGAUGAUGCGCGACACCGUCGGCCAGUACAUGGGCCAGAUGGACGGCGAGUAGCCGCCCCAAAGCCGCAGGUCGCCGCGCAGCAGACGCGCCGCCGCUGUACAUAGCCCGCCCGCCCGUCUCGGCCCCCAGGUCGCCCCCGCGCUAGCCCGCCCGUCGUCCAGCCCCCAGCUACGGCCGCUUGUUCUAGUUUCGUUUGUAAGUCCGUUCGUUUCGUUCGCAUAAUGUUUGUAAUUUUUAUUUUCCAACAAUAAACAGGUUGACUUGCCCUAGUCUCGUGAAA